GUGCAUGGAAGAUGUCUGGGAUAUUGGACUGGAUACCAUGGGAAAGAAAGCGGAAGUUUCGAGCGCUGUGUGCCUUGGGUGCUCUGCUGUGCUGCCUGCAGGAUAGUGCUGCUGUUAGAGAUGAUGUCCCAGUCUUCACAGAAGAGCCUUUUUCUGUGGUACAGAAACUGGGGGGCAGCGUGACCCUGCGGUGCACCGCCCUGCCUAACCAUGCCAACAUCAGCUGGCGUCUAAACGGUCGAGAGCUGCCAGCUGGGGGCAACGAGGAGCUGGGAGUGCUGGUGUGGCCCGGUUCUCUCUACAUCCCCUCCCUUACAAACCUCACCAUAGGCAGAUACCAGUGUGUGGCCACCACCAGCGUCGGGUCCUGCGCUAGUGUGCCAGCCAACGUUACUGCAGCUAAACUGCGAGAUUUUGAGCCAGAUGACCAGCAGGAAAUUGAGGUGGAUGAAGGGAACACAGCUGUGAUUGAGUGUCAUCUGCCUGAGAGUCAACCUAAAGCUCAGGUCCGCUACAGCGUCAAACAGGAGUGGCUGGAGACAUCUAAAGGGAAUUACCUGAUCAUGCCAUCAGGAAACCUUCAAAUAGCUAAUGCUACACAGGACGAUGAGGGUCCCUAUAUAUGUGCUGCUUACAACCCUGUCACCCAGGAAGUUAAAACCUCCACCUCUACCGAUCGUCUCCGAAUACGACGUUCAACAUCUGAGGCCGCACGUAUCAUCUAUCCACCUGCAUCUCGGUCCAUUAUGGUGAACAAAGGCCAGCGACUUGUCCUUGAGUGUGUGGCCAGCGGUAUUCCUACUCCACAGGUCACAUGGGCUAAGGACGGUCUGGACUUGCGAAAUCUCAACAACACCCGCUUCUUACUGAGCAACUUGUUGAUUGAUGCAGCAAGCGAGAGCGACUCGGGCACUUACGUGUGUAACGCUGAUAACGGCUUUGACUCUGCGAGUUCUGCUAGGGUGCUGUAUGACGUGCAGGUGUUUGAACCUCCACAGGUGCGUGUCGAGCUGCAGCAGCAAGACAUUGCUUGGGGCGACACGGUGCGUUUCAGCUGUCAAGUGAGUGGAAAGCCCACUCCCACUGUGGUGUGGCUCCACAAUGCUCAGCCCCUAAGCCAUUCACCACGCCAUCGGCUGUCCUCCCAGAUGCUGCGCGUGCUCCACGUCGGGCCGCAGGACGAUGGCAUGUACCAGUGCAUGGCGGAGAAUGGUGUGGGCAGCUCACAGGCAGCCACAAGACUUCUCACUGUCCCAACAGUGCCCUCACGGUCAGGUAAGCUGCCCAUGAUUCGACCGAUGAGCCCAGAUAAAGUGCUGCGGGAACAGCCACCUUUGAAGCCUGUGGCCACCAGUGCAGUGCUGCCUUUCGACUGCUCUGAGGUCAGAGUCUCUCCCGCCGAAGCUCCAGUCAUCCUGAGUCAGCCACGCACAGGAAAGGCCGACUACUAUGAACUUACCUGGAAACCCCGUCAUGAUGGAGGAGCGCCUGUGCUGGAGUAUGUUGUCAAGUACAGAAAGGCUGGAGAAUCUCCUGGAGAGUGGACCACUAACACUAUUUCAGGCUUCCAGCACAAACUGACUCUUACUAAACUGCUGCCUGCCAGCCUCUAUGAAGUGGAGAUGGCCGCUAAGAACUGCGCUGGACUUGGGCAGCCCGCGAUGAUGACUUUUAGAACAGGCAAAUGGCGUAGAGGAGGAGCCGCAGGGCCUCCAAAAACACCAGAUGAGCCACCUCGUCUCACACCUCCAGAAGCUCCAGACAGACCCACUGUUUCCAUGGCCACCGAGACCUCAGCCUAUGUGACGUGGAUCCCUCGUGGGAACCGUGGAUUCCCCAUCCAGUCAUUCCGUGUGGAGUACAAGAAAUUGAAGAAAGGCAGUGGAGAGUGGGAGGUGGCUGUAAACAAUAUCCCUCCCUCUCGCCUCUCCGUCGAGAUAACAGGCCUGGAGAAAGGAACAUCAUACAAGUUCAGAGUUUUGGCCGUUAACGUGUUGGGAGAGAGUCCAGCAAGCGCUCCCUCUAAAGCCUACACAGUGGUGGGCAGUGGUCCACCAAACCGACGUCCCAUCGACGGACCCUACAUCACUUACAAUGAAGCCAUCAAUGAGACCACAGUCAUUCUGAAAUGGACGUACACACCAGUCAAUAACACCCCCAUUUAUGGCUUCUACAUCUUCUACCGACCCACCGAUAGCGACAAUGACAGUGACUACAAAAAGGAUAUAGUGGAAGGUGACCGCUACUGGCACUCCAUUACUGACCUACAGCCUGAGACGGCUUAUGACAUUAAGAUGCAGUGUUUCAACGAAGGGGGCGAGAGCGAGUUCGGAAAUGUUGUCAUUUUAGAAACUAAAGCUCGCCUUCACCAGAGGACCACACCUCCAGAGACCUCAUCGUCCAGACCCGUCCAUUCAGGAAACCCUGUUCCUCGGCCUGGUGAUCUGCCUUACCUCAUUGUGGGUGUGGUACUCGGAGCAUUCGUUUUCAUCAUCGUAGCUUUCAUCCCAAUCUGUCUGUGGAGAGUCUGGGCCAAACAAAAACAAACUUUAGACAUGCGCUUUCCAGCGUUGGCAGCUACAGUUUCUCCAUGCCAGUACACCAUGGUCCCCCUGCAAGGAUUGGCUCUUGGUCGGCCUUGUCCUGUAGACCCCCACCUGACAUCUGCCCACACUGUCUACGCUCCUAAAGGAGAAUACAUUCCCAAUGGGAAAUACACUACACAGCGCCUUCCUGGACACCGGGAGGAUGCUGACAAUGAGUUGGAGUGUGAUGCAUUGUUACCUCAGAAACUUCCCAAUCAGCAACCACGUAUCCACAAUUACUGUAACGGGGUGUCCGGUUGUCCUGAAGAGGGAUGCUAUGUGUCUGAUGGUUCCCCCUUGCAGGUCCUCAGCUUAUCGGGACCUACCCAUCCAUCUCAGAGUCCUGACUCCACACAGGCCGAUCACUCCCUCACUGAAGCAGUUCAUUUGGAAGAGGUCACUGCUGACUUGCCCCUGUCAACAACAGUUGAUGCGGGCAUAAAUCAGUUGCUCCUAUGUGCUGAGCAACAGGAAGUGGGAACAACACAGAACAUAAAGCAGCUUGAGGAACAAGGGACCAGGGAUGAUUCAAAAGAUGGAUGAAACCUUAGAAAAAAAGAGGGAGGGGGGAGGGAGAAAAUAUUUAUUUUUGUAUAACAGAUGCUAUAUUUAUAUAUUUAUGUGUUUGUACAUAGUACAUUUUUUUAAAGAAUGUAUAUAUUGGUUGUUUAUAUCAGAUGUUAUACAUAUUUUGGUAUGUUUGUCUGUUACCACCAGGAUAUUUUUUAUAAGUAUGCUGUAUAAUUGAUCCUUAUGUGAGAUAGGAACAACCUGACACCUCAACAUCAUACAGACAGUAUCAGUAAUAAGCUCCAGGUUUUCCACUGGCAAGCAUCUCUUGAUGUUUGAAGUACUGCUGGUGGGAAAUGUAAUGCUUUUAGGGCAUUAUGAUAAUGAUCCAUUCAUUAAGAAUGUUGUAACUUUGCAGUGCUUUGGGACAAUUGACUUUUAAAAUUAUUUGUACGCCUAUCUACACUAUAUUGCCAAAAGUAUUGGGACACCCCUCCAGAUAAUUGAGGUGUUCCAAUCACUUCCAUGGCCACAGUUGUAUAAAAUCAAGCACCUGGGCCUCCAGACUAGUAGUCGCCAAGUUUCUGCAGAGUCUAUUGCUACAUACCUCCAAACUUUAGACUAAGAUCAAGAACACUUUGUAGAGAGCUUCAUGGAAUGGGUUUCCGAGCAGCUGCGUCCAAGCCUUACAUCACCAAGUGCAAUUCAAAGCGUGGGAUGCAGUGGUGUAAAGCAUGCCGCUACUGGACUCUAGAGCAGUGGAAACGUAUUCUCUUCUCUCUGUCUGGCAAUCUGAUGGACGAGUCUGGGUUUGGCGGUUUCCAGGAGAACGGUACUUGCCUGAUUGUAUUGUGCCAUGUGUAAAGUACAAUUUCAUGCUUUUAACUUUGUGGGAACAGUUUGGGGAUUUUCCUUUUCCAACAUGACUGCGCAUCAGUGCUGGAUGAACAAGUUUGAUGUGGAGGAACUUGACCGCAACCCGACAGAACACCUUUGGGAUACAUUAGAGAUGAGUCUGCAAGCCAUGCCUUCUCAUCCAACAUCAGUGUCUGACCUCACAAAUGUGCUUCUAGAAGAAUGGUCUGAAAUUCCCAUAAACAAACCUUUUGUGAAACCUUCCCAGAAGGGUUGAAACUGUUAUAUCUGCAAAGGGUGGGACAACUCCAUAUUAAAACCCUACGGAUUAAGAAUAGGGUCUCAUUAAAGGUCAUGUGCAUGUAAAGGCGUACUUCCCUAAACUUUUGGCAAUAUAGUGUAUAUGUAGUCCUUAUAUGCAUACAUAUUUUAUGCAGAGUAUGUUGUAUCCACGAACAUUUAAUGGCUUUAUGGCAUGUAGAUGCUACUGUUGGUUUUAACACUUAGAUACACACAACAAAUAAGCAGUUUUAUAACUUUUUGAUUGUAAUUUGUUCCAGGUGAAUCCUCAGUUGUAAGGGUUUUUGAAUGGAGAUACAGUGUGUUACAGAUUGUACAUUUGUUACUAAGAUUUAUCUAUUUUCAUCAUUAACAAAGACGUUAACAAAUAUAUGCAAAGUAUAUGCUUUCUGUGCGUAGUAAUAUAGAUUAUGAUAAAGAGACCAUAUUGUAGUUUUUUUUUCUCAGCAGCCUGGAUGUGAGACAUUCUUAAAAUAAACACGCCUACCUGGAAUAUGCUCAUUUUUAUACUCUAAACUGGUUUGAUGUAGUCAGCUUGUAUAGUUGUACUUUUACUUUUGGAGACCUGCAGUUCCCCUGCGUCAGUAUUAGCUUCUUCCCACUGUUGUAAACAUGAAACAUGAAGGAAACGAUCAAUCUCUAACAUAUUUUAGAAGUGUAGCUGCAUGGUUACAUGGAUUGAGCUCUAUUGCCUGUAAAUAAAGCUAAAGAAAUCAUA